UUGUCGAAAGCAGGCCGAGCGAGCAAGAGCGUCGCUCUGGUCUCUUUCUUUCAUUCUCUCUUCUCUCUCGAAGGUCUUUUGACAGCCGGUUAUUCUCCGGAGAGCGCGAGUGACGUCUCUCCGAGCACCGCUAUUCGCCCCUGUCUUUCACCUGCGAGGCGAGCCGGUCCCAUCGGCCAUCGCGCUCUGGUUAGACUGCUCAGUCCACCGCGAGAAUCCCACUGUGGUUGUCUUGCUGCAGACGUCGCUCCUCUGCCGUCUGCACCGCUUGACACUGUGGGCAUCCGCGUCCGUUACAGCACGUAACAACACAACAGCGGUGCCUUUAUUCUUAUCGAGAGCUCCCGUUCGCCUCUGCACGGGUGCCAUCGCCAGUGCGCAUAGAGGCCACCUCGUUCUACCCACACUCCACCAAAGGCACCUCCUUUCCCAUACAGCCAAGAUGUCAUCCGCCUCAGCAGCAGCGCCACCAGCGGCGGCGGCAGACCCCCACCUUGCGGGCCAAGCCCAAGCGCAGGGCGGGCUCGAGGCUGGCACUUCUUUGCGGAGCGAAUCGCCUCCAAAGCCAGGCAAGCUGCGCUACAUCACCUCGCAGGAGGCGGCCCAGAUCGACGAGGUCUUGAUGUCUCCCGAUGGGGGCGCAUUCAGCAUCGACCAGCUCAUGGAGCUCGCCGGUCUGUCAUGUGCCCAGACCGUUCACGCCUGCUAUCCGCCCACCCAAUUCCCCAAUGUCCUCGUCGCCGCCGGCCCGGGCAACCAGGGCGGCGACGGGCUCGUAGCUGCGAGGCACCUCAGCCACUUUGGCUACACCGUCUCCGUGUGGUACCCCAAGGAGGGAAAGACGGAGCUUUUCAAGCGACUCAAAAAGCAACUACAGAACCUCCGAGUUUCUUUCCUUGAGGUCGAUGAGUUCGAAGACGGACUGGAGGGAUCUGACGUUGUCUUGGACACCAUUUUCGGUUUUUCGUUCAAGGGCGAACCGCGGGAACCGUUCAGGGAGCCUCUCGAAGCUCUCAAGAAUGAGUCGCGGAUGGAGUUUGAGGCCCGCCGAAAGGUGCCGCCGAUUGUCUCGGUCGACAUCCCCUCGGGCUGGGAUGUCGACACAGGCAAUCCCUCGGGGAAAUUCUUUACGCCCCAGGUCCUCGUCUCGCUGACGGCCCCCAAGAAGGGCGUGCGCGCAUUCACCCUCUCCCAGGAUCCUUCCACGGUGCCUUUGGCUGCCGGCUCGUCUUCUGUCAGCAGCAGCACAGACAAGGGCAUCCUGGACGAAGCGGAUGCGGUACGCAAGGCCAGGGACCUGGCCCGACAGACUGGCAGACACUUUCUCGGCGGAAGGUUCAUCCCCGACGACGUCGAAGAAAAGUUCAGCCUCGCGCUCCCGAGCUACCCGGCCGACGACCAGAUUGUCGACGUGACCGGCUGGACCGAGAUGUCGGUCGAGGAGGCCAAGGAGAAGGUCGAGGAAGAGGCAAAGGAGUCACUCCUCGUCGCAGAGGCGAGGGCCAAGGCAGCCAGAGGCGCUGCUCCCGCCGUCUGAUUGCGUCUUCGCUGUCUGAAUCCAGAAAGGCGAGCGAUUUCCGUUGUUCCUUUUGUCUGUCUAUCCCUUCAUUAUUCUCUCUAAACACAACAUUGUCCUUUCCUUUUCGUUUCGCGAUUCUACCUCUUCCUCCUCUACUACUACGCUCCACUCCGACGCAGGCAACACUCCGAUGCAGGCAACUUCAGCGUUCAUGUACAACCAUAGUGUCUCUUCUAAGCCUCUUUGAAACGAGAACGACAGGUGAUCGAUUGACAACUCUGUGCUAAAUCUAUACCGCACUUUGCUGGUCA